CUCCUCAAAAUCAAAUCAUUCCUAAUUUGCUUGAUAUCCACGCUGGCCCUGAGAAUAUAAGAAAGAAGGGCCAACCUGUGAGAGGAGGCCCAAACAAUAUCCAUAUGCAAUUGAGUUCUAAAACCUGGACAGCUGCUUUCUCAUUUCUUCUCCGCCGUAACUGCUACAGCAGCUCUUCUUAUUCACUCUCAGCUCCUCUUCUUCUUCGUCCUCUUCUUCUGUAUAGAAGCAACCACGCCAUGGUGCCCCACCCUAAAGACGACACUUAUCUCGCCGCCGUAAUUCCGAAGCGCAUUAAGCUCUUCGAGGCCAUCCAGGCCCAACAGCGCGCUCACCUCCAGUCCCUCCCCUCCGAUCCCAUCAAGAUAACAUUGCCGGGCGGGCAGGAGAAGGAAGGAAAGAGGUGGAUAACUUCGCCGUUUGACAUUGCCAGGGAGAUUUCGAAGAGUUUGGCUUCAAAUGCUUUGAUUUCUGAGGUCAAUGGGGUUCUGUGGGACAUGAACAGGCCUUUGGAGGGCGAUUGUACGCUUAAGAUCUUCAAAUUUGAAGACGAUGUAGGACGUGAUACUUUCUGGCAUUCUAGUGCUCACAUUCUCGGACAGGCUCUUGAGGUUGAGUAUGGAUGCAAGCUCUGCAUCGGUCCGUGCACUACUAGAGGAGAGGGUUUCUAUUAUGAUGCAUUUUAUGGUGAUUUGGGCUUGAAUGAUGAACAUUUCAAGGAAAUUGUAUCAGCAGCAGAGAAGGGUGUUAAGGACAAACAGCCUUUUGAGCGUAUUGAAGUAUCAAGGGAACAGGCACUUGAGAUUUUUUCUGAUAAUAAAUUCAAGGUUGAAAUCAUCAAUGAUCUUCCGGCAGACAAAACUAUCACUGUGUAUAGAUGUGGCCCGUUGGUUGACUUGUGUCGUGGGCCCCAUAUACCAAAUACAUCCUUUGUCAAAGCUUUUGCAUGUUUGAAGGCGUCUUCAGCGUACUGGAGGGGAAAUAAAGAUCGUGAAAGUUUACAGAGAGUUUAUGGAAUAUCAUAUCCGGAUAAGAAAAGUUUGCAGCUAUAUAUCCAGAAGCUUGAAGAAGCAAAAAAAUAUGACCAUAGACUGUUGGGUACAAAGCAGGAGCUCUUUUUCUGUCACCCACUUAGCCCAGGAAGUUGGUUCUUCCUCCCUAAUGGUGCUCGUAUAUAUAAGAAACUAAUGACAUUUAUACAAAAUCAAUACAUAGAGAGAGGCUAUCACGAGGUUAUAUCACCAAACGUGUACAAUAUGCAACUUUGGGAAACAUCUGGUCAUGCUGCAAAUUACAAAGAGAAUAUGUUUGUUUUCGAGAUUGAGAAACAGGAAUUUGGAUUGAAGCCAAUGAAUUGCCCCGGCCAUUGUUUAAUGUUUCAACAUAGGGUUCGCUCUUAUAGAGAACUUCCACUUAGACUGGCUGAUUUUGGUGUUUUGCAUCGGAAUGAGGCCAGUGGUGCACUGACUGGAUUAACACGUGUACGGAGAUUCCAGCAGGAUGAUGCUCAUAUCUUUUGCAGGGAGUCCCAAGUAAAAGAUGAAGUCAAGGGUGUCUUAGAAUUCAUCCAGUAUACCUAUGAUAUAUUUGGCUUCACUUUUGAUCUGAAGUUAUCAACAAGGCCAGAAAAAUACCUUGGAGACGUGGCAACAUGGGAGAAAGCUGAGGCUGCUCUGACAGAAGCACUAAAUGAGUCCGGCAAGCCCUGGCAGUUAAAUGAAGGGGAUGGUGCAUUUUAUGGACCAAAGAUAGACAUCAGUGUAUCUGAUGCGUUGAACAGAAAAUUUCAGUGUGCAACAUUACAGCUUGAUUUUCAGCUUCCUGCUCGCUUUGAGCUGUAUUACUCAGCAGAGGGUGAAGAAGGAAAGAGGGAGACACCGGUUAUGAUACACAGAGCUAUUUUAGGUUCUGUUGAGCGUAUGUUUGCUAUACUGUUGGAGCACUACAAAGGAAAAUGGCCCUUCUGGCUUAGUCCACGUCAGGCAAUUGUUUGCCCUGUCUCAGACAAAUCCCAACCUUAUGCUCUGGAGGUUCGGAAUCGGAUCCAUCAGGCUGGUUAUUAUGUUGAUGUUGACACAAGUGAUAGAACCAUCCAGAAAAAGGUACGAGAAGCCCAGAUGGCACAGUACAACUACAUUUUAGUUGUUGGUGAAGAGGAAGUCAAAACUGGACAGGUGAGCUUACGGGUUAGAGACAAGGGAGAUGUUACCGUAAUGAGCAUGGAAAAUCUACUUCAACAUUUCAAGGCCGAAGUUGAAGCUUUCCAUUAGGAUUUUGCUCUUUGAAAAAUGCUCAAAGCAAUCUUGGACUUCUACCCAGAUGGACAAAACAUAUUUGUGAUCCCAACUGGAAAUUACCUGUUAAUUCCUGCCACCACGUCAUGUACUUUUGGUUUACUGUUUGUUUUGUUUUGGGAUUCAAUGUAGGUUAAGAACUCUGUUGUUAAAUCAUCAAGAUAAAAGGAUUUUUUCAGAUUGACAAAAAAUUGGCGUGUCUCUAGUGUUGUUUGCUUUAGCUUUUGUACGAUGCACCGAACCUUGACAUGGAAAACUUCUGACUGUCGUACUUGAAUUAGGCGCUGAGCUUUUCUGCAAUUGACAUGCGAUUCAUUUUAUUUGAAAGAAA